GCAAAGGAACUGCAAUGGAAAGACGAAGAGCUGAAGCGGAGAGAGACCUUCUAUAAGGAACAAUUGGCCAAGAUGGAGAAGAAGAAUUCUGAAAUCUACAAGUUGACUUUGGAUCAAUACAAUGAGGCAGUCACCAAUGCAGAAGAUCAAAUCAGGAAGAGGAAUACACAACCUAUAUGUGCAAACCUGCAGGAAGCCAUCAUGGAAUGCUACAAUGAAAAUAAGCAGCAAGUCCUAAACUGCUCAGAGCUAGUCAAGGAAUAUCAGCGUUGUGUUAGGCUAGCACAAAAGGAAUUGUUGGUCCACUUUGAUUAAAAUCCAACUGCUAAAACAGGUGAAGACAGCAGAAGUUCUUCAGCGGCCAGCAUCUUUUCGGUUUCCUGCUGCUGUCAGUGAGUGCCUUCUACCUUUAGCAGUGCACACAAAAGCACCUUGUGUCCUUGCACAGAUGCCUCUACGGGUCAGUUGCAAUGGUUGAAUUCGGAAUUAAGGGCCAAAUGGGUUUGGGCAAAGCUAUGCUCUUGAAAAGUAUGUUGCCAACAAUCCUUCCUCUGACACCCUUUCAUGAAAAGGAGUGCUGCAGGCAAAUAUUGUUUCUAAUAUGGAAUAUUAAGCAAAAGCUUCCACUGAAAAAUACAGAAACCAAAAGUUUGCCAAAUGUUCAAUGUUACUGUUAGCCAAUAUUUCAGUUUGCAUCUUUUGUUUUUAAUUAAUUACAUAUCUAGAAAAUAAAGUCUGUA